GAAUCGAAUUUGACUGGUGUUGGUGCAGGAGUUGGUGACUCAGUUGGUGGUUCGGUAGGUGGCUCGGUAGGGGGCUCAGUUGGUUUGGUAGUUGGAGGUUCAGUUGGUGGCUCUGUUGGUUUUGUAGUUGGAGGCUCAGUUGGAGGCUCAGUUGGUUUGGUCGUUGGAGGCUCAGUUGGAGGCUCAGUUGGUUUUGUAGUUGGAGGCUCUGUUGGAGGCUCAGUUGGUUUUGUCGUUGGAGGCUCAGUAGGAGGCUCAGUUGGUUUGGUGGUUGGAGGCUCAGUAGGGGGCUCAGUGGGAGGCUCAGUUGGAGGCUCUGUUGGUGGUUCUGUUGGUGGCUCCGUAGGUGGUUCUGUUGGUUGCUCUGAU